CAGAACCACACUAGCGUAACUCCAAAUUUUUCGAUAUUCUGGUUUUGAGCAUUCUGUAUAUAUUUUUUUCUGCUUUAUAAAGCCAUAACAAUGUAACUCCUUAAAAAAAAACCUAGCAGGAAAUAGGAGUGUUUGAAAUAGCUUAAUUCCAAAGGGAUGUAAGAACCAGAACAGCGUAAGGUCACUUAAUAUGUUAUGGUCCUCACAAAAAUUUAAAAAGUACAGAGCGUAACUCCAGCUGGGGAGUUACGCUACUCUGGCUCAACUUUAUUGUUGCUAGAAUGGUUGAUACAAACAGCUGUUUUAUUUUCUAGAGUAGUUGUGCAUGUCUCAGCUGAUUGGUCGAAUGUGAAAUUUACAUGAAUUGAUGCCCUAACCUAAACUUAUAGUUUCAUCAACAUGAGCAGCAGAGCGAAACUUAUUUUACAAUUAGCUUUGGAGGACAAUGUAAAUAAUUCUCAGCAAUUACUAUUAUUACCAGAACAAACUACUAAAGAAAACAAUGAAACAAACGUCUUAAGCUUGUCUUCGAUGGACACAAAUCCUGCACCCUCAUUGACAUCAUUACAGGCAGUUGAUCCGUUUGUUCUUCUCAACAAUGAAAAUGAAUAUAUAAUGGAAGUCGAAUCAGAAAGUAAUAAAGAAUUCGCUACUGAUGAAAAUAUUGUUUGGAAUGAUGGUAUUACCAACCAGGAUUUUCAGUCAUAUGAUAUCUCCUUUUCAUCGCAAGGCCUAGUUGCUGAAGAAGAGGAUAGUCUUCAAGAAUUGGCUGUCUCUGGUAAUGCAGAUAUCCCAUCACCAGGAACUUCUGUUUUGUCAUCUAACGUAGAUGACACUGAUAUUGAUAGCACAUACUGUCCUCGUUUCAACUCAGAGUCAGAACUAUCUACUGAUGAGUCUAUAGUGAGUAUUCCUAGAGUUGCUUCAAAGGUUUCAAGUGACAGUACUUCUUAUGUGAGGAGGAGCCAAAAGAUAGCUCAAGACAAAAUUCUACUGGUUCCUUACACUGAUUCGGACACGGAGGAAGAAGCAAACAAAACCAAUCCUAAUGUAAAAAAAGGAAAGAAGAGGGUGAGGAAUGAAAACAAAUGGAAAAAAUGUGUGAGGAAACAGCUAAGAGUUAGUGGAAAAAACUAUCUUAGUGCUAAGGGAGCAGAGAUUAAAGCAAGAUCUCUGAAAUCUCCUUGCAAAUCUACUUGCCGUCUCAAGUGCUAUCAGCGCUUUACAUUACCAAAGAUCAGAGAGAAGGUAUAUUUUCAGAUUUUUGGAGAGAAGACAGAGACUGGGAUUCUAAAACGUCAGUUUGUUGUUUCCUACAUAAGCAGCAAGCCUGUCGCUAGGUCCAGGAAGAAAGAUGGCUCAAAGGGAAACCGGGCUCAAACUCAGCAAAAUACAAACACAGGCAUCAGUCCCCACUCUCGUCUAGUACUGAAAUGGAAAGAUAAGCGGGACGUAUUGAUGUUAUCGACGAAGCAUGGUGACGAGAUGCAGGAGAUAACAUUGAAGGGUGGAAAAAAGAAAAUGAAACCUACAGCAACCAUAGACUACAACAGUGGCAAGUCCUUCAUAGACUUAAGUGACCAAAUGGGAUCUUAUUCUUCACCUCUUAGGAGAUGCCAGAGAUACGGCCACCUGGCCAAAACCUGCAACGCGACGAGAGAUACGAGUGGACACUGCUGUAAGGAGGGACAUUCGAUUCGUGACUGCAAAGACAUGAACAAGCCACCGACCUGCACGAACUGCAAGAGAGCUGGAAAAGAUCAUAAACACGCGCUGACAUCGAACACCUGCCCCAGCUACCUUGCAGAGUGCUCCAGGAUCUCGACACAGACCAACUAUGACUAG